AUGGCAGCCUUCAAGAAGCCGCUGUCAUUCGGAAAGGACUUCAUCUCUCGCGCACUCGGUCGCGGCGACGCAGAACGUGCCCUCGCCGUCGCAAUAGACGAUGAGAAGAAGGCCAUCAAAGACUGGAAACUCGUCGCAGACGACCAGCUAUCAGCCUCAAAGAACUAUGCCGCUUGGUGUAAAUUCGAAGGAGACGAUGUCGCUGAUGUGUCACUACGUAUCAAUGAUGUGUUUGAACAAUUCUCGCAUGCUAUACGAGAGUAUUCAGUAGCAUAUGAAGGGCACAGAACGCAUUUGAAGGCUGUGAGGGCUAGAUAUGAAGCACUUGCUAAAUUGGUUAGGAGUGAGCAGCAACUUGUUGGGAAAUUGGAGGGCACGAAUUCAAAGCUUGAGAAAAAGCCAACUGAUCAAUCGGCUGUGGUACAACAGAGCAUGGCUACCAAAGAGCUACAGAAUAUGAGGCAGCUAAUCGCGGAACAAGAAAGUAACCACGUUGCGGAGCUACGAAAGGAGAUGCAAGAGUCAUAUUCUGCUCUUUUUGAAUCUUUCUCCAUACUCGGGAAAAAGCUGCAAUUGGCUGGUAUCUGCGGAUCCUAUCUGGCCCAGCAGAUUCCACAAGGGUCGCCCGGUGUGGGUAAUGAUAUGCCACCAUUCAAAGGAGGAACCAUCACCAGUCAGAUCGUACGUGACUUCCUAUACACGCUACGAACAGAAUUCCCAAACGCAGAUGAUAUAAGCAGCACUGGCGAUUCACCUGGUCAACCUAGUGCCCAGCUGAGUACACCACCACAACCUUCCAGUCAACAACUAGCAGAACCAUAUCAGCCUGAUCGAAACAAGAAAAGAAUGUCGGCACAAUUCGAUGCCCCUGUAGAGAUGCAUCACAAGCAACCCGUAUACGUAUUACCGAAUGGCCAAACACAACAGGAAUCCGACAGUACGCCUAGGUCAGCUCUAGGAUUGAUAGCUACAGACGAAAACUCGAUGAAUAGACGAAGUGGUGUUGUAGAUAUCGGACCGUCAGCAUUACAAUCUAGUUUUUCGAGUGAUAGUAUGGGCCGAGAUGCGGGAUUUGCUGUCGCAGCUCCUCGAGAUCCAGCGUUUGUUGCAGCAGCUCAAGCUCUCAGGGAUUCUGGUAAUCGUGAUAGUAUCUCGAGUAUGGAUUCUAUGAGUGAUAUUUAUGACGAUGUGCAGCAGACUUCAAUACCGAACCGAGUCGCACGGCCGUAUAGACCGCUACCACAACAACCGAAUACUGCGCCGAGAGACUCACCGCCACGGCCUGCGUCUAGUAAUAGUGGGUCGUCUGGUGGAAAUAAUUAUAAUAAUGACAAUAGUAGUAGUAGUAAACCAUCACGAUCAUCCGCCGAACUGUUACGAUCUCUGACGUAUCGCAUCCCACCUGUAUCAAUCGAAAAAGCACCAACACCGGAAGGAGAGCAGAACUAUGGAUAUCAACCGCCAACAAACUAUACGGGAGGAUGGUAUCCCUCGCAACAACAACAAGCCCCCGCAUCACCAACAAAUAGCACCAGUAGCAGCUCAUCAUCAAACCAAUACAUUGCACCGACCAGCCCAUCAACAUCGAGAGCACCAUCACCAUUGCCGAAACGAAAUAGCACGCCGCAUGUCCCGUCAAGUUAUAGUGGAACGGGGUUUGAUCCGUCAAAGUUUAGUAAUAGUAUGCAGCAGCAGCAACAGGGGCAAGGAAUGUAUGUAGGACCUGAUUUGCCACCUCAUAAUACCUAUCCGUAUGAUCCUGAAUUUGGAGUGCCGGUGCACAUGUCUCGCCCGGGGUCGUCCACUGAUUUGAGAGUUAGUGAGCCGCCGACGUUGCCACCAAGGAAGGGAUCUAGAGGUGAUGUUGAUGGGAGUGGGAGGCCUAUAGGUCCUCGUUAG